AUGUCCGCCCCCAUUCAAAACAUAGUCGUUCAAAGAGCGACUUUUCUCGCCCCGGCUGCCCCCAACUCCGUCCCCGCCGGCAAGGCUCGUGCGCUUCGGCGCAAGGAGAAGAAGGAGGUGAAGGCGAAGAAGGUCGAGAAGAAGAAAUUGGAGAAUGGGAGCGCCUCCGUCAAGGAGUUGUUGGACGAGGCUGAACGCCUCGAUAAGGCCGCUGCUAUCGAGGAGGAGGAAGCCCGGAAGAAAAGGACCCGCGCCGUGAAGCUGCGGGCGGCGGCGGCGGCGAAGGGGGAGGGGGAGGGGGGCGAGAAGGAGAAGAAGGAGGAGAAGGAAGAAGAGGAGGAGGAGGAGGAUUUGCCGCUUCGUUUGAAGGAGGAGGUUGAUAUGAUCGUCGAAUAG